CCUGACAUUUGUGACAACAUGGAUGAACCUUUAGGACAUUAUGCUAAAUGAAAUAAGCCAGUUACAGGACAAAUACUACAUGAUUCUUUUACAUGAGGUAUUGAAAAUAAUCAGACUCAAAGAAGCAGGGAGUAGAAUGGUGGUUGCCAGGGGCUGGGAGAGAGGGAAAUGGGGAAUUGUUUUCCAAUAGGUACAAAGUUUCUGUUAUGUAAGAUGAAUAAGUUCUAGAGCCCUGUACAACAUAGUACCUAUAUUAACAAAGUGGUACUAUGCACUUUAAAAUACAUUGAGAGUAGAUCUCAUGUUAGCUGUUCUUACUGGAAAAAAAACACAAAACACAAGGAAGUGUUUGGAGGUGAUGGAUAUGUUUAGUACCUUGGUUAUGGUAUUGGUAUUAACAGAUAUAUGAAUAUGUCCAAACUGAUCAGGACAUAUACACGUAGAUUUGUGCAGGGUUUUUUUGUAUCAGAUAUACCUCAAUAAAGGCAAAAAAAAUACACAAAAAUUUUACCAUCUUACCAAGCAUUUUUAAGUGUUCAGUGGCAUUACAUCCAUCAUGGCUGUGCCACCAUCACCAUCUGUUUAUCCAUAGAACUCUUUUUAUCUUGCAAAACAGAAACUGUACCCAUUAAACAAUAACUCCCCAUUCCUUCAGUCCCCCAGUUCCAGGCAACCACCAUUCUACUUUCUGUCCCUAUGAAUUUGACUUUACCUCAUUAUGUACUCUGUGUACCAGAUUGUACAGUAUUUGUCCUUUUGUGACUGGUUUAUGUAACUUAGCAUAAUGUUCUCAAGGUUCAUCCAUGUUAAAGCAUGUGUCAGAGUUUUCUUCCUUGUUAAGGCUGAAUAAUAUUUCAUUGAUUGUAUAUACCACAUUUUGUUUAUCCAUUUAUCUGUCAGUGGACAGUUGGAUUGUUUGUUUCUUUUGACUAUUCCAAAUAAUGCUGCUACAAACAUGGGUGUACAAAUACCUGUUCAAGUCCUUGCUUUCAGUUCUUUUAGGUAUAUAUCCACAAGUGGAAUUUAUGGAUCAUAUAGUAAUUCUAUUCUUAAUUUUUUGACUGCCAUACUGUUUUCCCUAGUGGCUAUACCAGUUUAUCAACAUAUUUUUUGAGCACCUACUAUCAGUGGCAAAAAGACAAAAAUAAAUCCCUGUUUUCAUGUAUUUUAUAUGAGGAGGUGGAAAGACAAUAUGCAUGAUAAAUUAUAUAAUUUGUUAGUGAUAAUUGCCAUUCGAAAAAAAUAGAAACUGUGUGAGGGACAGUAGGAGUAUAUCCCAAGCAUAACACUUCUCAAAAUUUAUUAUAAUUGAAUGUUUUCUGUUUUAUUAUUUCUUUUCUGUCAUUCAGAGUAAGGAUUAGUCUACUCUCUUGUGUAUCAUUUUUUUCACCAUAGAUGAUAAAUUAAUGUCAUGUGACAAUGUCACUGUGACAUGAGUAUAAUUCUCAUUUCAAAUGACGAGCAUGGGAGUUCUAUGUUACAACUCUCGUUUAUCUCAAUUGUCAAGAUAGAUAGGAAAUGGAGUAGCUGGACUUUUAAUGCACCUCUCUUUCACACCAAAUCUGGGGUUGCUGAAAAUCUGAAUGUUUUUUGACUCAGCUUUAUAUCUGUCACUGCAUCAGGCCUACACCUUUAUGCUUACAAAAGAUAUUUGAGGAGCAGAUAUUAUGUGAACAUCACUAUUGUAUUCACUUUGUUUCUAGACUCUUAGUGUUUCUAUUGGUUCAGCCUGAGUUGCUGAGUCUUUGAGUUUUCUUCCAGACUCCUGCUGUCUCAGCAUUUCUGGUCAGUGACUCCAGGGACUGUGAAUUACAAGCAAGGAAGCUAAUUGUUUGGGACUGUAUUAAUUAUCUAUUACUGUGUAAUAAGGUACCUCAAAAUUUAGUGGCUUAAACAACAAUAAACAUAUUAAACAACAAUAAACAUUUAUUAUCUCAGUUUUUGGGGAGUGGAGAGUGACUUAGCUGGGUAUUCUGGCUCAGAUAUUUCAUUAAGUUGCAGUCAAUUGCUGGCAGGGCUGCAGUCAUCAGAAGGCUAAUGGGGACUGGAGGAUUUGCUUCCAAGAUGGCUGGCAAAUUGGUGUUGGCUGCGAGCACAAGCCUCUCCCUAAGGCUUGUUGAGUGUCUUCAUGGCAUGGUGGCUGGCUUCCUUCAAAGUGCGUGAUUCAAAAAUGUGCAAGACAGGCUUCCCUGGUGGCACAGUGGUUGAGAAUCUGCCUGCCAAUGCAGGGGACAUGGGUUCGAGCCCUGGUCUGGGAGGAUCCCACAUGCCACGGAGCAACUAGGCCCGUGAGCCACAAUUACUGAGCCUGCGCGUCUGGAGCCUGUGCUCCGCAACGAGAGGCCGUGACAGUUAGAGGCCCGCGCACCGCGAUGAAGAGUGGCCCACGCUUGCCACAACUAGAGAAAGCCCUCGCACAGAAACGAAGACCCAACACAGCCAUAAAUAAAUUAAAAAAAAAAAUGUGCAAGACAGAAACCACGAUGUCUUUUAUGACCUAACCUUGGAAGUCACACACUGUCAUUUCUGCAAUAUCCUAUUGGUUAUACAGGUCAACUCUAUUCAGUGUGGGAGGGGUAUAUGAAAGACAUGAAUACCAGAAGACAACGAUCAUUGGGGGCCACCUUGGAGGCUGGUUCCCAUAGGGAUCCAGUGAGAAGACAUCAGGUAAAUUGGAUUUAUAUCAUAAGCCCACAGGUCCUGGCUCCACAAAGAUAAGACAGAUCUGUGAUGUGAGGAUAAAGAACCGUGAAGAGCAGGUAUCUAUCGUGGAAGGAGACCUCCUGAUCUGAGACCUUCCCUGGAAGCUGGGGAGUCCUGAGAUAGAGUGGACCCUGGAAUUGCUAGACCUGCACCCUAUCUUAACCCCUCUGUUUAGAGUGGGAAAGGCCUGAAUGACAUCUCAACCUUCAGAGAUCAGCAGUAGCUGUGUGACAACGGAGCGUUUGACCCAGAUGAUGGAAAGGACAGCUUGGUGUUCUCCAGAUUCUGCCCUUUUCAAGGAAGAAGAGGAUAGGACCAGUUCUCUUGAAACAGUAACAUUUAAGGAUGUGGCUGUGGACCUCACCCAGGAGGAAUGGCAGCAAAUGAAACCUGCUCAGAGGGACUUGUACCGUGAUGUGAUGCUGGAGAACUAUAGCAACCUAGUCACAGUGGGCUGCCAAGUCACCAAACCAGAUGUGAUCUUCAGGUUGGAGCAGGAAGAAGAACCAUGGGUGGUAGAAGAAGAAAUGCUUGGGAGGCCCUGUCCAGUUUGGGAAGAUGGUGAACAGAUCAAGGAGCAGCAGGAAACACUUGUGAGGAAAGUCACAUCCAUCUCCAAGAAAACUCUAAUUAAGGAAAAUGUCAUUGAAUGUAAAAAAGUUGCAGAAGUAUUUCCUCUGGGCUCAGACAUUGUUACUUCAAGACAAAACUUCUAUGAAUAUUAUGACUCAUUUGAUAAGGGUUUUGAACAUAAUUUAGACUUACUUAGUUAUGAGAAAGGCUGUAUAAGAGAGAAAAAUUAUGAGUGUAAUAAGUAUGGGAAACCAUUUUACCAUUGCUCAUCCCAUGUUGUAACCCCCUUUAAGUGUAAUCAGUGUGGACAAGACUUUAAUCAUAAAUUUGACCUCAUCAGACAUGAGAGAAUUCAUGCUGGAGAGAAACCGUAUGAAUGUAAGGAAUGUGGAAAAGCUUUCAGUAGGAAGGAAAAUCUUAUUACACAUCAAAAAAUUCAUACUGGGGAAAAACCAUAUAAGUGUAAUGAAUGUGGAAAAGCUUUCAUUCAAAUGUCAAACCUUAUUAGACACCAGAGAAUUCAUACCGGAGAAAAACCUUAUGCAUGUAAGGAUUGUUGGAAGGCCUUCAGUCAGAAAUCAAAUCUCAUUGAACAUGAGAGAAUUCAUACUGGAGAAAAACCCUAUGAAUGUAAAGAAUGUGGAAAAGCCUUCAGCCAGAAGCAAAAUCUUAUUGAGCAUGAGAAAAUUCAUACUGGCGAGAAACCUUAUGCAUGUAAUGAAUGUGGUAGAGCUUUUUCUCGAAUGUCAUCUGUUAAUCUACAUAUGAGAAGUCACACAGGGGAGAAACCUUAUAAAUGUAAUAAAUGUGGAAAAGCCUUCUCUCAAUGCUCAGUAUUUAUUAUACAUAUGAGAAGUCAUACAGGUGAGAAACCCUAUGUAUGCAGUGAAUGUGGGAAAGCCUUCUCUCAAAGUUCAUCCCUUACUGUACAUAUGAGAAAUCAUACAGCUGAGAAACCCUAUGAAUGUAAUGAAUGUGGAAAAGCCUUUAGCCGGAAAGAAAAUCUCAUUACACAUCAAAAAAUUCAUACUGGAGAGAAACCUUAUGAAUGUAAUGAAUGUGGGAAAGCUUUUAUUCAGAUGUCAAACCUCAUCCGACACCAGAGAAUUCAUACUGGUGAAAAACCCUAUGCGUGCGCAGUAUGUGGGAAAGCCUUUAGUCAGAAAUCAAAUCUCACUGAACAUGAGAAAAUUCAUACUGGAGAGAAACCCUAUCAUUGUAAUCAAUGUGGAAAAGCUUUCAGUCAGAGACAAAAUCUCCUUGAACAUGAAAAAAUUCAUACUGGAGAGAAACCGUUUAAAUGUAAUGAAUGUGGUAAAGCCUUCUCUCGAAUCUCAUCCCUUACUCUUCACGUUAGAAGUCAUACAGGGGAGAAACCGUAUGAAUGUAAUAAAUGUGGAAAAGCCUUCUCUCAAUGCUCAUUACUUAUAAUACAUAUGAGAAUUCACACUGGUGAGAAACCCUUUGAAUGUAAUGAAUGUGGGAAAGCAUUCUCUCAAAGAGCAUCCCUUUCUAUACAUAAGAGAGGUCAUACAGGUGAGAAACGCCGAGUAUACUAAAUGAAUAAAGACCUUCUCUUAAAUUCAAUCCAUGCUUUACUUAACUUUAAAAUAUCUUGGCAUAGUCUCAAAAAAUGAAAAAGAUCUUUAUGAAAAAAUUGUAAAUCUUUAUUGAAGGGCAAAAGACUUGAGUAAAUGGAGGGAAAUACCACGGAUGUAGAUGGAAAAACCCAAUAUCAUAAAAUGUCUUUUCUCCCCAAAUUAAUCUAUGGACCUAAUAUAGUUCCAAACAUCUAACAAGAAUUUUCUAGGAUUUUUACCAAAUGCUUCUAAAAUCCAUAUGAAAUAAAAGUCUAUGGAUUGCUGAGACAAUAUUGAAUAAGAACAGAGAGGACACACCUUCUACCAUAUACUACAUGUAUUAUGAAGUUAUGGUCAUAUAAUAGUGUGUGGCAUUAGAACAUUAAUGGAUAAAUAAAAAGGUUUUACAGAAUAGAAUGCCUAGAAGUAAAUGAAUGAGUAUAUGCCAACUUGUUGUAUAUUAGACAUGACAUCGUGAAUCAGUAGAAGAAUGACAGCCUAGUCAAUAAAAACAGUUGGAGUAUUUGAAUCUCUAUAUUGGGGAAAAUAAAAUUACAUACAACCUUACAACAUAUAAAGAAAAAGAAUUCCAAAGGAUUUGAACACUGAAAUGUGAAAAGCCAGACUUUGAACUUCUUGAAAGGAAAUAACAGGAUAUUGUCUAUGACUUUGAGGCAGGGAAAUAUUUUUUAAAAGGACCCUGCCAUUCCACUUCUGGAUAUACAUCCUAAAGAAAUUCAUAAAUAUGAAUAAGAAAUAUAUAUAUAUAUCUGAAUUGAAAACAACAUAUAUAUUGAAGGGAUAAUGGAUGAAUAAAAUGUGAUAUAUUCAAAUAAUGGAAUGGUAUACAGCAGUUAAAAGCAAUGAGCUUGGUCUGUAUUGUGUAACAUGGUUGUUAUCUAAAAUAACGUUGAGUGAAAAAAAAAUCAAGAUCCAGAUGAAACAUACCAUAUAAUAACAUUCAUGUAAAUUGGAGUGAAAUCAUUCACAAAGAAUAGAACUAUGUUUUUAUUAUUGAAAUAUGUAUGUAAAACUAUUUUAAAUGGAUUAAAAAGGACACAUACCAAAUUAUUGACAGUGUUGUCUCUGGCAGGAGAUUAGGAUUGAGGGUGUUGGUCAAAGGGGGCUUUUAGCUUUACUUGUAAUUUUUAUGCCUUAAAAAAAGAUGGGUAGCAUAUAAAAUAAAUUUUAAAAGUUAAUGAUACACAAUGGUGAU